CGCGUCACCUUACGCAAUCAACCAGCCACCAACCCGUCCGACCCGCAUUCGAAUGACAUACUUUUUAGUAUCUAUCUUACCUAUUACGACAUAGAUACUAGCCAAAUUAUAAAUUCAAGUCUAGAAAAUUACCCAAUAAAUAUAGAAAAUAAAACUGUAAAGAAUCGUGUCGGAAAAUUCGUAAAUAAUCGAUUCACCAUAAAGUUUUCGCGCCAUUUCGCCAGCGCGCCGUUUCGAAAUUUAAAAAGUUGAGUAAAUAUUGGGUGUUUUAUGAUAGACGGUACGUGCUUGAUAAAACAUUAAAAUAUCUGGGUCACUGUGUUACUUUUUAUUUUUAUUUUCUAACUAUGUGCAGAACGAAGUGUUUUAAAAAAGUGUUGCGUGAUGUGUUUGUUUAGUGAAGGUAUAUUAUCGGAGGCAUCAUCUGUCGAAAAGGUGGAGGGCGACGCGAGUGCGGCGAGGCGGGGCGGUGCGCGUGCGAGUGGCGCGCCCCCCGCGCCGCCCGCGCCCCCUCACCCCCUCCGCGUGCUGGACGACACCCCGCCGCCGCUGCUCAGAUCUAACCCACUCUAUACCGAGGAGGAGGAGCAAGAGGUAGUGAUAAUCGUGGACUCCUUGGAGGAAGAAGAUGCAGUGGAUGGAGGGAACUUGGCGGCUCCUUGCCCGCCGCGCCGUGUCCCUUCCACAUCUUCAGGCUACGGCAGCGGCGGCGGUAGCAACGGGCGGGUGUCGCCAUCUUUACCAAAGACCGAGGCGGAGCUACCCGACUCGAAGCACGAAGGAUCUCAGACAUCGGCAGCCUCCACCUCUGAUAGUGAUAGCCCAGGGUGCACCCUUUCAAGGAGUCUUAAGGAGGAUAUUAGAGCGUGUUUAGGAGGAUGCAGAUGGGAGAAGGAUGUCGGCGAUGUAGUAGAAGCCGCCGUGAAAGGCGCCGGGGGCAUCACCGCAGCUCGAGCGAGACUCCACGCGGCGUUACUGGCACUCCACGAGCCUUUACCAAGGAUUCCCAACCGCGGACCUUCGCUGCCCUACUGCGGUCCAGGAGUGAGGCCUGGUGACGUCACUAUGAUGCCGAAGACGACUGAGAUGUCGCUACUGGCUGCCAGCGCCCUCUUCACACUAGACAGCGCACGCGGUAAAUCGCUGUCCCGAAGUUUGGCGAAACGCGACCGCCGACGCCGACGAUGUCGCGCCGCCCUCGCAAUAUUGGCCCUGCUGAUGCUUUUAGUUGCGGUCGGCGCGGUGGAAUUAUUGCUAUCGAGAGGUCAGAGAGUGUUCGGUGUUGUGUUGCGAUAGCAGAGGCGUACGUAUACAUUUAAUCAGUUAUCGUCCCAAUGUUAGGUGAAAUGCGAACGCCGGCGACGCUGAUGCCGCGCCGCUCUUGACACUUAGGCCUAACUACUGACUGAUGGUUUUAGUUGCAGUCGGCGCGGUAAAGCUACAACUCUUACGGGGACAAAGGGUGUUCGGUGUUGUGUUGCGAUAACAGAGGCGCCGAUACAGCGCCGCUCUUAUCAUAUUAGUAGAGUUAUUGCUAUAGUAGAGUUAGAAGCAUCUAUAGUUAGUCUCUGUCCUGGAGCCUGGCGAAACGAGAACGCCGACGUCAUUCUCGCCAUAUUGGCCCUACUGAUGAUUUUAGUUGCCGUCGGCGCGGUGGAGCUACUACUCUCAAGGGGGCAGAAGUUGUUCGCUGUCGCGAUAACAGAAGCAACUAUACUCAGUUAUUUGAGCACCUGCAGUUAGAUGAGAAGGAUGACGCCGCCGAUGCCGCGUCGCCCUCGUCAUACUGACACUACGAUGCUUUUAGUUGCAGUCAGUGCGGUGGAGCUACUGCUCUCAAGGGGACAGAGGGUUUUCGGUAUUUUGUUGCAAUAAAAUUAUUGCCGUUACUGACCGGAACUUAGAUGUGAACGCUAACGCCGCCGAUGCAGCACACUCUUUUAGUCUACUACAGGGGACAGAGUUUUUGCCGUUGUUUUGCGAUAUUCUGUCCCAAAUCCCAGCGCUAAGAAACGCAAACGCAACCACUAAUUUGCAAUAUUUCGGUGUCGGUGCGGUAGAACUGUUACUGUCGAGGGGACAGAUGAGGGUGUUGCGAAAUCGAGGUAUAUACGGGUAUAAUCAGUUAUCGUCCCGAUAUUUGACGAAACGCAAACUCCAUCACCGCGACGUCCUUUUGCUCCUGUUGUAUAAGGUUUCUGAUGUUGUUGGCUGUUGUUAGCGUGGUGGAGCUACUACUGUCAAGGGGACAGAGGGUAUCCAGUAAACUAUUGCCCCGAUGUCUGUCGACAUCCAAGCCCUGUCGCUGACUAAGCGGCUGUACCUUAGCUAAACUGUUCCUAUAUUGCUACAUUCAUUCGUCGAGGUUACUGUGUGUUUAGGACAAAGAGUGUAAUGUGUUAUAAGUACCUAUAGUAAAGAUCUGUUAUACUCAGCCACUGUCUCGAAGUUUGGUGAAACGUGAACGCCGUUGCCGUCAAUAUUAUGUACGCCGCGCCGAUGCGAUAUUGGAUGUUUAUUGACACCCAAAAAGAUCCAAUUAUUGAUUUUGAAUAUUAGCGUGCAGAUUGCUUGCACUGUUGUAUUGUCUUAUAACGGCUAUUGAAUAAUUUUAUUGUACCUAUGCCUUAUAUCAUACCGUAGUCUUUAAUAACGAUUAUUAUUCCACUAUCGAAUUAAUUUAGAAUUUAAGCUGUAAUUAUUCGAUUUGGUGUUGUUAAAUUGAGAUAUUUCAUCUACUUUUGAGGAUAUGGGCCUAUUUCGCGAAGCUAAAAGUUACAAUUUACAAGUGGUUGUCAAUGUCUAAUAUGACAAGUUGGAAAGAAACUUCCGCUUGUAACUUGUAACUUUCAGUUUUGAGA